AUUCUUCCUGGGCUGGAUACCAGGGUCUGCAUCCUUCCUGGGCCAGGUACUAGGGACUGCAUCCUUCAUUGGCCAGGUACUUGGGUCUGCAUUCUUCCUGGGCUGGAUACCAGGGUCUGCAUUCUUCCUGGGCCAGGUACCAGGGUCUGCAUUCUUCCUGGGCCAGGUACCAGGGUUUGCAUCCUUCCUGGGCCAGGUACUAGGGUCUGCAUCCUUCGUUGGCCAGGUACUUGGGUCUGCAUUGUUCCUGGGCCGGGUACUAGGGUCAACAUUCUUCCUGGGCCGGGUACUAGGGUCUGCAUCCUUCCUGGGCCGGGUACUAGGGUCUGCAUCCUUCCUGGGCCGGGUACUAGGGUCUGCAUUCUUCCUGGACCGGGUACUAGGGUCUGCAUUCUUCCUGGGCCAGGUACUAGGGUCUGCAUCCUUCCUGGGCUAGGUACCUGGGUCUGCAUCCUUCUGGGCCAGAUACCAAGUUCUGCUUUCUUCCUGGGCCAGGUACCAAGCUCUGCAUUCUUCCUGGGCCAGAUACUAGGGUCUGCA